GUGCGCUGUGUCCCUCGGACACAGAGGAUCACCGAUCACGGAAAGAGCCAAAGAUGUCGGCUCGGUCAUGUGAUCAGCUGUGUCCAAUCACAGCUGAUCGCACGGGACAUCUACACUGGUCAUCAGAGCACUGAUGAUCAGUGUGCCCUGAUGAUCAGUGUAGCCCCAGCAGUGCCACCUGUCAGUGUCCACCAGUGCCUUCUAUCAGUGCUCAUCAGUGCCUCGUGCCAGUGCCCAUCAACCAUUCUACCUAUCAGUGCAUACCAGUGCACAUCAAUGCCACAUAUCAGUGCCCAUCUGAGCUGCUUUCAAUGUAACCCAUCAGUGCCACCUAUCAAUGUCAAUCAGUGCCACCUAUCAGUGCUGCCAAUCAUUGCCACCUAUCAAUGCCAGUCAGUG